UAAACUAAUACAUUACUUGAAAUGUUUACAGAGGUGAACACGAAGUAACAUGCCACCUAUGUGCCCGUGGCCUAUAGUGGGGGCGAUUGCUUUACCCCAUCUUGGGGCUUCACUCAGUGUGCGUUUUGUCGGUGACUGGAAACCCUGGUACGAUUCAUUGAAGCGACCAAGUUGGACCCCACCUGGAUCUGUUAUUGGCUCAGUGUGGACAUGCUUAUAUACUGGAAUGGGCUACGCAUCCUACCUCGUUUGGAAAGAGGGAGGUGGAUUCAAUGGACCUGCUCAAAUUCCACUAGCAAUGUAUGGAACUCAGUUGGCUCUUAAUUUUGCUUGGAGUCCUUUAUUUUUUGGUAAACACGCUUUGAAAGAGUCCUUCUUCGAGGUUCUCCUACUGGACGCCGCUGCAGCUGGCACUGCGUACCUGUUCUACCAAGUGUCACCCCUGGCCGGGUACUUGUUUAUACCGUACCUGAUGUGGUUGGGUGUUGCAUCCACCAUCAACUACAGGAUAUGGAAGGACAACCCCUCCCCAAGUAGAAAUAAUUGAUUUUAUAACAAAGUGCCUUACUCCAUAGUGACACUGAUUGAUAAGGUUCUGUGUGAUGUGAUAACACAUUGUCAGCAGAUAGUAGUGGACUGAUUGAAUUCGGUAUACCAUAAGUUUAUAUCGAUUUAUUCUGUUAAUCAUAACUAUAUCUUCGACUGAAUGAUGAACAAUGAAACAAAGUGGUAUUGAAAUAUUAUGCUUUUUGCUACAAAUAACAAUGGCAACUGUCUUUAAUAUCAUGUUCUAGGUCAAAUUAACAAUUGCUAUUAAUGAAUUUAAUAAAUUAUUUAAUUACA